GCGGCCGUGGAGGAGCGAAAAUGCUGAACCGGCUUUGCGACAGCUUGUGCCGAUCGCUGACCCAGAAGGAGGUGCUCGAGCGCAUUCCGGACGGCUUGCAAGAUGUUUGCUCGCGGCUGACAUCGGUGUGUCGGUGCUUUGUCCUCUUGCUCCAGUCAGAUGCCGCCGUGUCUGGCACUGGCCUGUCGGACCUCGAACAGCUCAGAAAGUACAGCGGCAGUCACUGCCUGGAAACGUCCCUGAAGGCUGCCCUCGCGAAAAACGAGUACUUCAACAGCUUGGCUGAGGAUGCGCUGAAGUUCGCAGCCGGAACGGUGAAACACAGCGAGACUUACAAGACCUGGAAGGCACAGAUCGGAAAAGAUCUGAGUCUGUCGGAGAUGAAAAGCAUGAUUGACGAGAUCGGCACGAUCAAAAACGAAGUGCGUCCAGGACUCUUGGACAAGAUCGAGGUGGCUUUGCUGAAGGAGCUGAAGAAGCAUGCCCAUCAGAUCUUGGCAUGCCCAAAGGCAGAUGGCAAAGCGCUCGAGAGCUUUGCAGUGGUGUCGGUGGGUCUGGCCCUUCCCGGUUUCGAGAAGCAGGACGGCACCUUGGACUUGCAGGCCCGCUUGAAACAGUGGAAGAACGCCAACAAGGAUGCCGUCGACCUGCUGAAGUUGGACUCGGAUCCAAGCACGAUGAGCUUCCAGGAUCUCCAUGACCUCAUCGGACAACUGCGCAAUGCAGAGCUUUCCGACACUGCUGUGCGAAAGCUCCUUGCUUUCGUGCCACGCUUCUUGAGCACUGUGAAAGACGAGGUGAUGGACCCCCAGAUCCCGCAUGCGGCCUUCAAGCAAAGGUGGCACUCCCUCAAGCUGUGCUGUACCAAGCUUGUCGUCAAAGUGCUGACGAACGAGACGAGUGACUACUUGUGCCAGCUGUGUGACCUCAUCUACUACGGCAGCCAUAUCGUUUGGGAGCAGCGUCGCUUCGAUUCGGCAGCAAACCCGGCGGAGAAGCAAAAGGCCGGCGAGGCCUUGGCGAAGUCGAUCAGAGGAAUGCUGAAUUGCCAGUCCAAGACAUUGCAGGCGGAGCAGAAUGCAAGUGGGAGCGAGGACGGCGAGGACCUUGGGCUCUAA